GGGUGGGGUGGGGCAGAAGCAAUGAUUGUUACAGAACCACUGGGCCUGUCUGAGUCUCAAGUUUCUAUGGGUUGAGUGGCCAUGGAGGACAAGGAAGUAUUUUGUGCUGUUGCCUUGCUUGCUGUGUGACACAGGGGUUGCAGCUGGAGUGGUGUAGUGAAAGCAGAAUGCUCUGUCUUUGGGUUGACUUUUUGUGGGCUUGCCCAGCACAGGCAGUUUUCUUACAGCAUCUGGUUGUUUUUCCCUUGUGUGUUGCAGGUCACAUCACCCGUGCCUGGAGAGAAUCCAGUCUUUGGAGCCCAACACCAACCUCGGAGGAUCCUCUGGCUGCGUGUCUUCCUGCAGAAGAGGCCAGAGGGGAGGAAGAUGCUCCCCAAACUGUGCCUGCUUCCACUGCAGGGCCUGAGCAUCCAGCAUCAAGCACAAGGGCAGCGUCAGCACCUGCUCUGGCUGCCUCUGUACCUGAGGAAGAGGCUGAAGAGGAGGAAGGUGCCAAUGAACCUGGCCCUGCUGUCAGCCCAUGGCCGGAGCAAACAACACCAAGCUCCACCUCUUCUGUCCUGGCACCUGCACGAGCUGCAGCUGAAGGCUCGGGAGAAGGCUCCAGUGCCCAGGCUGGAAGCUCAAGCACGAGCAGCUCGUGCACCUGGAGCACGACCAGCUCAUCUGGCAGCAGAGAGCAGCAGCGAGAGAGGACAGAGGACAAGUACCUGGCCAUGCUGAAGAUGCUGGUGAGUGAGGGAGAUCCUGAGGCUAAAUACACAGAACUGGAGACUAUUGGCAAAGGGGGUUUCGGCACUGUGUGCAUGGCAGUGGAGACUGCCACAGGAGAAGAGGUGGCCAUCAAGAAAAUUAGUCUCCUGCAAGAGAGCAGCAGCGAGCUGUGCCUGAAUGAAGUCCAGGUCAUGUGUGGCACUAAGAAUGCCAACCUUGUGAACUAUGUAGACAGCUACCUGGUGGAUGAGGAACUCUGGCUGGUGAUGGAAUACAUGGACGGAGGUUCUUUACACGAUGUUAUUAGGGAGACUCACAUGGCAGAAGGAGAGAUAGCAGCUGUCUCUCGGGAGUGCCUGCAAGGCCUGGAUUUCCUGCACUCCAAGCAAGUGAUCCACCGAGAUAUCAAAAGCCACAACAUUCUCCUGGGCUUGGAUGGAUCAGUCAAGUUGGCUGAUUUUGGCCUUGCUACUCAGCUUACUGCUGAGCAGAACAAACGGAGAUCAGCUGUUGGAACGACUUACUGGAUGGCGCCAGAAAUUUUCACCAGGAAGCCCUACGGCCCCAAAGUGGACAUCUGGUCCUUUGGCAUCGUGGGGAUCGAGAUGGUGGAAGGAGCGCCUCCGUACCUGAUGAAAACCUCCCGCACGGUACGCUGCAGCUGCUCGCAGACACUGCUGUCACCCUAACAAAAUCUGCUCCCAUUCUUCUGCCUGGGAAGCUUGCCAACAACUGAAAAUGAUAGGUUCCAGGCUGCACAGUCUCUCGUGCUUCUUGGCCAGAUCAUCCCCUUGCCAUUUUUGUGCAUGAACAGGACCUAAAAAUCAGGAUGCCUUUUGCUUGGCAGAAGCUUUGCCUAAGGGAGCAGUGAGCAGUGCUGAGCUGCAUUUUAUGGAAUAAUCCUUGGAAAUAGUAGAGUUAGACCAAAGUCCUUCUUUUAAAAUGCCUGUAGAGGUGGUGUCAGUGCUCAGAGAAGCAAAGUGUGCUUUUGCUGAUGGAGCUGCUGCUAAUUCCAGCAUCCAGUGAAAUCAGGGGUCAAGGCAAGAGCCUUUGCAUACUGGACUGGCUAUGGCUGCCUCUGGCUUUGGGUUGUUUUAGUAGGGCUAGGAAAGGUAUCUGCCACCCUGUGGCAGGGAGUAAAGUGCCACUGGAGAGUGGAGCUUGUCCAGUGGGGUCUGUGUGAGCAGUUUGGGGUGCGAAGGAGACAGGUAGAGUGUGGCAUUUCCUUCUU